CCGGAAAUGCUCUCAUUCCGCAGUCCCAUGAUUUAGAGUUCCCCACGUUCUAGCCGAUCAACGCACCACGCAACAAACAACUUGGCUUUCUUCCUGCCCUCUUAGGUUCGAAAUGGAUUGGGAUUCGAUUGUCACUGACAAAAACUAAAACUAACGACUCCUUGAAGUAUCAAGAUAGACUGGUACUUCUGGUGAUUCCCCAUGAAGCGUGGAUACCAGGAAUUUCCUCCUACCUCUUCCGGGCCACCUCAAUCCAAAACUAAAUAUAACCCAGAAGGUGAUUCACAGUUUCUGGAGGAUGAAAGCACGAAAGAUUUUGUUCAGAAAGUAGCAGAGCAUUACAGUUCAAGAUCCAAUCGGACUUUAGAAGAGCGGGAGGCUAGCCCAAUAAUUCAUUUGAAGAAACUCAACAAUUGGAUUAAAAGUGUCUUAAUUCAGCUUUAUGCUCGUCGCGGGGAUGCAGUCCUUGACCUGGCUUGUGGCAAGGGUGGCGAUCUUAUUAAAUGGAACAAGGCGAAAAUUGGUUAUUAUGUUGGCAUUGACAUUGCUGAAGGAUCGAUUGAAGAUUGUCGUAUACGAUACAAUGGUGAUGCUGACCAUCAUCAACAACGUAAAAAGUUCACAUUUCCUGCCCGCCUCAUAUGUGGAGAUUGUUAUGAGGUUCACUUGGAUAAAGUUCUUGCAAAUGAUGCACCUUUUGAUGUUUGCAGUUGCCAGUUUGCUUUGCAUUACUCAUGGUCCACAGAGGCCCGUGCUCGGCGAGCCUUGGCUAAUAUAUCAGCUUUACUUCGUCCAGGAGGCAUUUUCAUUGGAAUAAUGCCAGAUGCCAAUGUGAUUAUCAAAAAGCUCAGAGAAGCUGAAGGAUUGGCUUUUGGCAAUAGUGUCUACUGGGUGCAUUUUGAUGAAGAAUUUUCAGAUAAGAAAUUCAAAUCUUCUAGCCCUUUUGGCAUAAAGUACAAGUUCCAUCUAGAGGAUGCAGUUGAUUGCCCUGAAUGGAUUGUUCCCUUCCCCGUAUUCAAGUCAUUAGCUGAAGAGGUAUUGCUUUCUCUUGUCUUUUCAAAGAACUCGCAUGAAUUUGUGCACGAGUUUAUGAAAAAACCAGAAUUUGUGGAGCUCAUGCGACGGCUCGGUGCCUUGGGUGUUGGCAACCGAGAUCAGAGCACACUCUCACCAAAUGAAUGGGAAGUGGCAUAUUUAUACCUUACAUUUGUGUUGAGAAAGCGAGGCCAACCAGACCAAACUUGGGCAAGUGGCAGUAGAAGAGACAGAGGGUUGAUGCAUAUCUCAAAGGAAGACAUAAUGCAUGUUAGGACCCACCAUUAACAUAAAUAAAUUGAACAAUGAUUGGAUUUUCAACGAAGAUAAUGAAUCAACACAGGUGAGGGAAUGGUCUGCCCGGCAUUGUAGAAUACAGAUCAAUUCACAUGUCAACUUUUAAGCUCUCGCCAAUUAUUUACAAAGCAUUUCACUCGUUGAAUUUUGUAGUUCACAAUAUUGGAUAUUACUUUCACUGAAGCAAAGUGUUCUCAUCAGGAUGAGAAAAAUCAUAAUUGAAUAAUGACUAAGAGGGAUACGAAAACAUAAAAGAACUAUGACAGAUUAACAGUUUUCUUUGUAUUACUUUUGAUAGAAUAUGACAAAUAUUACUUUAGGAGGAAAUAAUUUAUUAUUUCUUAUUGCCUUUCAUUAGUUUAUUGGUUUUUUGUUUUUCAUUUAACUUUUGUAAGUUUCCUUAUUGUGAAGGAAACCAAGCAGCAAGUGGAUUCUUAUUUUAUUAACUUUUGUAAGUUUCCUUCUUGUGAAGGAAACUAGGCAGCAAGUGGAUGUUUCCUUGUUAGGAAGGAAACCUCAUAUGCUUAUAAAUAGCAUGACUUAUAUUCAGGAA